AUGGAGAGGAGGUAUCAGCGGAAGAUUGCCGUCGAGAACACAGAUGCUCUCAAUCCAUUGUCGGCAGUACAACAAGGAAGGAUAGCGAACGCAAGAGAUACUUCGCACUCAGAAGAUCGCAAACGGAGGCCUUCGGAACAGAGGACAACGGACCGACUGAAUCUCAAGAGGUUUCAACCUCAAACAAUGUCCGUUGAUCGCUUUGUACCUGCUCCGUUACCUCGAUGGGAAAGGCUGCUCUGUUGGGCUGUUUGGAUUUUUCACUCAGCAGCCGCAUUCUACAUAGCAUUCAGAGUCAGUCGAGGUCAUCUACGGCCUUGGAUUCAAAAUUGGCUCACAGAAAGCAGCUAUUUGUCCGGGUAUGAAGUCGAUCUCUCAGACAAUGAGUGGGAACAUUUUCGUAAUACUGUGUCACAUAUGAUUCUAGACUACAGCUUACACAGUAUAAUGUACUUUUUGGUAAUCCGAUUUGUAGAAACAAAAUGGACAAAAAUAAUUUUGAUUUCUGGAGCCCUUCUCCUGCAAGUACAUCUAACAAGCCUCACCUGUGUGUCUAUACUUUUCGCCUUCGCAGUUAUAGUGACCAGUCUAUCCAUCGUCACUCGUAACAUAGCCGUGCCAUGGAUACUGUGCAUUUCAUUUGUGCUGAAAGCUAGCGACUAUUUGCCGUUUACCAUGGACGGUCAUAUUUACUACUGUGAAUUUAAUGUUUAUCUAUAUGGAGCUAUAAAGAUACUAAACUUCUCCUUGUACAUGUGCCAAAAUAAGGACAAAAAAUACAAGGAUAUAUGGCAAGAUCACCUCCUCUACUUGACCUAUCUUCCUUAUUCAAUGACUCUAAUAGUUCUGUUUGAUGAUUUCCUCAUGCAGCUGCAAAGACGACUGGCUUCUCCUGACAGCUAUAAUAACCUAGUGAAUCUCAGGUGGACUGCCUACUUCGGAGCUCGCCUUAUUUUCUGGUUUUUCGUGCUCGAGUUCAUUCUACAUUUCAUUUAUGUACAUUCAAUCUUCAGCUCGCCAUUCGCUGUGAUUCAUCGCUUGGGUCCAUAUGAAACUUGUGCCGUUGCCUACGUUAUUGGUCAACUAUUUCACUUGAAAUAUGUCGUUCUAUUUGGUACUCCAGCAUUUUUCGCAUACCUUGAUGGCAUGCUACCGCCACCACCUCCCAUCUGUAUCUCCCGGGUAUCUCGCUACUCCCGAAUGUGGCGCCAUUUCGAUGUCGGACUGUACCGCUUCUUGAGAGAUCAGGUCUACAUACCACUACUCAGACCAAAGCUUCCCACAACGUUAGCUAUUCUUAGAGAACUCACUACAUUUGCUGGGUGUCCCUAUCAGCCCUAGAACUUAUAAUGGAAAAAAUUGGCAGAUAUAUCUGGCGCACCAGUUCUUUCCAAAAUUUGCGAAAUGCAGUCGGAGACCUGAAUACUAGGAGAAUAAUUGCUGUGGCGAUGAUAAUCACUGUCAUUCCAGGCAUAUUUGGUGUAUUCUUUUUCCUAGGAGUGGAAGGUGUAGGAUCAACAAUAUUCAAUAAACUUAUAAUCCAUGGUUUGAGUGACAUUUUUUCUCUCAACAUAUAUCCAUCCGACAUCGGCUUCACCAUGGUCCAUAUGAUUAUUCUUGGAUACUUCUUCAACAACGUGUGUCUGGAACUCGACGCCCC